AUGGAUGUUCAUAAUGCCUUCCUUCACGGUGAUCUUAGUGAGGAAGUUUAUAUGCAGCUGCCUCCUGGGCUUUGUUCACAGGGGGAGCAUAAUGUAUGCCGACUCAACAAGUCCCUCCAUGGCCUCAAGCAAGCCUCUCGCAGCUGGUUUCAUAAAUUUUCCACUGCCAUAAACCAAGCCGGCUACCAGCAGUCAAUGGCCGACUACUCCCUAUUCACUAAGGUGCGUGGAAAAUCAUUUACUGCUGUUUUGAUUUAUGUCGACGACAUGAUUAUAACAGGCAAUGAUGAGGCUGACAUCCAUGAUCUCAAACAAUUCCUUCAGUCCCACUUUCGACUUAAGGAUCUUGGACACUUGAAGUAUUUCCUUGGUGGGGAGGUGGCUCGGUCUUCUCAAGGAAUCUCCAUUUCCCAACGUAAGUACACACUUGACAUUCUUGAUGAAGCCGGCUUACUCGGUGCAAAGCCUGCAACGUUUCCCAUGGAAGAAAACUUGAGAUUAUCUUCCACGGAAGGGCAACUUCUCCACAAUGCCUCGAAAUACAGGAGGCUCGUUGGGAAACUCAUUUAUCUCACGAUCACUAGGCCGGAGAUUUCAUACUCGGUUCAUAUACUCAGCCAAUUCAUGCAACAACCAAGAAAGCCUCAUCUUGAUGCAGUUCACCGUCUUCUACGAUACUUAAAGGGGUCACCUGGACAAGGGCUUCUUUUUCCUUCAAAUGGGAGUUUAAUGUUGCAAGGAUAUUGCGAUGCCGACUAG